AUGAGUGACGCUGCUGCGACUGAGGCCGAGAAAAACAUCGAGAUAUGGAAGGUUAAGAAGCUGAUCAAACGCCUCGAGGCGGCGCGUGGAAAUGGAACCAGCAUGAUUUCGCUAAUUAUUCCACCCAAGGAUCAGAUUUCACGAAUCUCCAAGAUGUUGGCUGAAGAAUAUGGUACUGCCUCCAAUAUCAAAUCCCGUGUCAACCGACAGUCCGUCUUGUCCGCCAUCACUUCGACUCAGCAGCGACUCAAGCUGUACAACAAGGUGCCUCCUAAUGGCCUUGUUGUCUACUGUGGUGAAAUUUUGACCUCGGAAGGUAAAGAGCGUAAAGUCAACAUUGACUUCGAGCCUUUCAAGCCGAUCAACACCUCCUUGUACCUCUGCGACAACAAAUUUCAUACCGAGGCGCUAGCUGAACUGCUUGAAUCUGAUCAGAAAUUUGGCUUCAUCGUCAUGGAUGGUAACGGCGCUCUGUUCGGUACGCUGAGUGGCAACACUCGCGACGUCGUCCACAAAUUCUCUGUGGAUCUCCCGAAAAAGCACGGCCGUGGUGGACAGUCUGCUCUUCGUUUCGCUCGUCUGCGAGAGGAGAAGCGACACAACUAUGUCCGCAAAGUGGCUGAGCUAGCAGUUCAGAACUUUAUCACUGCUGAUAAACCCAAUGUGGCUGGUCUAAUUCUAGCGGGAUCUGCUGACUUCAAGAACGACCUAAACGGCUCAGACAUGUUCGACAACCGAUUACAGUCCAAGGUUAUUAAGGUUGUAGACGUAUCUUACGGUGGGGAAAACGGCUUCAACCAGGCUAUAGAACUGUCCUCUGAGACCCUUGGCAAUGUCAAGUUUAUCCAGGAGAAGAAGCUCAUCGGCAAAUACUUCGAAGAAAUCAGCCAAGACACGGGCAAAGUUUGCUAUGGUAUCGAGGACACGCUCAAGGCUCUCGAAUUAGGUGCUGUUGAAACACUCAUUGUGUUCGAAAACCUCGAAUUCACACGAUGGGUGCUGAAGGACAGCGGUGGUUCCGAAAUUGUCCUUCACCUCACGAAACAGCAGGAAUCUGGUGACCGCUCUGUGUUCAUGGACAAGGAGACCAGCCAAGAAAUGGAUGUUGUCUCGCAAGAGUCCUUCCUAGAGUGGAUUGCUGAACGCUACAAGGAUUUCGGUACGAAUCUUGAAUUCGUGUCAGACAGGUCAACCGAAGGCAACCAGUUCGUGAAAGGAUUCGGCGGUAUUGGCGGGAUCCUCCGCUACAAAGUAAACUUCGAGCAGUUAGCCGAAUUUGACGAGUCCCUUGUCGGUGACGAGGGACGUUCUCAAGCAGUCAUAUUUAAGCAGACACCUGCAGAGGAGGCGAAGCGUCCGUUGCAGCUAGAACCCGUCGAACAAGACGCAAUCCCGGCGCCAAAAGCAGCGAGCGCAUCAUAUGCCCGCCGACGACUUCAGAAGACGGGACCAGCGAACUCAGAGCACACCGCUCGGCAAGUGGCGACGCCCAAUGCUACCAAUGCGUUCAAGGACUAUUCAGAUGACGGUGCCGAACUAAACUAA